AUGGCACGAUUUGUAUUUCUUCAAGAUCAUGGGAAAGUGUUUGCAUUGGACAACAGGCGUCUUUUCCAUAACUUUACCUACUUUAUGUUCUAUUACAACGUGUUCCUUGGAAUUGUAUCGUGUUUGAUAAGAUUAUUCAAAUCGAUUAUAAUCAGUGCAUUCGUGAUGUCACGUAUUGAUCAAAGUACGCUCCCUAGAAAAUAUGAAAGAUUCGACCCAGGUUACAGAGCUUAUGUUGGAUUUUUACAAUUAGAGAAUGCUCAUACCCAUCCGAUUCUGGUGACAUUCUGCAACUUAUUGAUGAGUGCUGUCAAUGAGAACUCUGCGAAAUCGCCAACUAAACAUUCUCAAAUGCAAUUGGUUGUUAAUAUGGAAAACGGCAUUGAAGAAGCAGUUGACACUGGUAGUAAUCGUAUUGUAUCAGUUUCUCGGCGUCGACAAGUUAUACGCAAUAGGUGGUUUGUAGCCUUGACCUUGGCUCGUAAUCCUGGAUUACAACUAAAACGCUACAAAUGUGACCCGCAAGUAGAAAUGGAGGGAAUACCUGCUGUCAUCGACGAUGUUAUAAUGGCAGGAUUGGGUCCGGUGAUUACAGAGUCUUUCACCUGA